UGGACAGGAAGAGGGGAGGCCAAAGGCUGAUCUGCAUGUGAGAAUGCGCACUGCGAGGGCUCACGGGCAGAGUGACCAACCGCUGGCAUCUUGCUGACCUCAGCUCCGACCUGACGUCUGUGGUGACACCAUCGACACCCAUCCGGCAAGACCCGCCCUCGCUGUGGCUUGGCAACCCCACCAACACGUCUCUUUUCUCAUCUGGAAGAGGGGGGAAAAAACCAACAAAGAAAAAAAUACCUGGAGAAUAAAGCCGGAGAGGCCCCCGGACACCUCCCGGGACCUAGCAGAGCUGUCGAGAGCGUCUCCAUGUGCCUGUGAAGACAGGACUCGGACCAGCGCCGCGCACCCUCGAGGAGGAGCCCCGCAAUGCCGGCUGACGGGGGAGAGGCGGGCCGGGGCUGCAAGCACAGGCUGGCCCUGAAGAGCAGCUUGGCCAGGGAGGCCGUGUCCGAGUUCCUGGGCACGUUUAUCAUGAUUGUCCUGGGCUGUGGCUGUGUCGCCCAAGCUGUCCUCAGUAGAGGAAUGUUUGGAAGCAUCGUCACUAUCAAUGUGGGAUUUGCAAUGGCGGUGGCGAUGGCCAUUUACGUGACUGGCGGUGUCUCUGGUGGCCACAUCAACCCAGCCGUGUCCUUCGCGCUGUGUCUCUUUGGAAGGAUGAGAUGGUACAAGCUGCCCUUCUAUGUGGGGGCCCAGUUUUUGGGGGCCUUCGCAGGGUCUGCGGUCCUCUUUGGCGUUUAUUAUGACGGGCUCAUGUCCUUCGCGGGCGGGAAGCUGCUCAUCAUGGGCGAGAAUGCAACCGCGCACAUCUUCGCGACCUACCCAGCGCAUUACCUGUCUCUGGUGAACGCAUUUGCAGACCAAGUAACGUCCACCAUGUUCCUCCUCAUUGUGGUCUUCGCCGUUUUUGACUCCAGAAACCUAGGGGUCCCCAGAGGCCUGGAGCCCGUGGUCAUCGGCCUGCUGAUCGUGGUCCUGUCUUCUUCCUUGGGACUGAACAGUGGCUGCGCCAUGAACCCAGCGCGAGACCUAAGCCCCAGGCUUUUCACGGCUCUGGCAGGAUGGGGAUUCGAUGUCUUCAGAGUCGGCCACCACUUCUGGUGGAUUCCUGUGGUGGGCCCUAUGGUCGGCGCCGCCCUCGGAGGCCUCACCUACGUGCUACUCAUCGAGAUCCACCACCCGGACCCUGAGCAGAGCUUCAAGGUGGAGCAGCCGGAGGACAAGCGAGAGAAAUACGAACUCAGUGUUGCAAUGUAGAGAUGGGCUUUGGCUCCGGACGCGCUGCUGGCUUGGUGUGUGCUUCGGACAAGAUGGUGUCCGUGUGUCUGCAUGUUUUGGUACAACUAGGACAGAGCCCGCCCGUCUGUCUCUGCCCGCUCAGCGGGACAUCUGAUCGCAAGUGUGCCCGAGUGAAGGUUUGGAAAAACCGACCUUCUCCCUACCAGUCACCCCUCCCAGAGCAGCACUGACCUCCCCCAGACAGCCUUCUCUCCUGCCCUCUUUGUUGCUCCCUUGGUGGGAACCCCCAACUGGGUGGCCUCAGCUGAGUCACUCGAAUGAAAUAAUUCACCCAAAGCCUCUUGGUCGCCCAAAGCCUCUUGGUCGAUAUCUGUAAGUAUCGCAUUCUGAGUGUCACCUGAAAC